AUUCUUGACCACAAUCAACAACUUGAACCACCAUCUCGAAACCGACCAUGGACAGUAUGUUGCCCCUCAAUGCGGUGUCCUCCGUGAUCAUCAUAUCUGGCGAAAUUUCUACCCCCGAAACCGCUUGGAAAGGACCCGACUUGCCAAUUGUCCUGCGCCGCCAAAGCCUUCCAUCUCUAGAAAGCGGAAUACUCGAUGAUGAUUUUGCAAAAGAUCCUGAACGUGCACUUGAGGUAGAGGUUCUCAAGCCGCAUCCUGAUCCACCCUUUAAACUUCCGACACCUGCGAAUCUUACACUUCAUAUUCGUUUGGGGGAAAUGAUAUCGCAUGGCCGUACGGGUAUGAUAUUCAAUUGUGAAUGCUCAGUCCCUUAUGGCAAUGAGACACUGGGAUAUCAGAUUCCCCCGAUCGUGGUGAAACUCGCAAAACAGUACCACAGUGAGGAUUUAACCAAUGAGGCAAUCAUGUAUGAGGGUCUACAAUGCCUGCAAGGCUCUGCUAUUCCCCGAUGUUAUGGUUUCUUCAAGUUCCGCUCGGUAGAGUUGUUUGACUUUGGACCAAUGUCACUUUUACUCCUUGAGAAACUCGGCGGACUUAUUACUCUUGGAAAGCCAUUACCAGAUGGAGCACGAUCUGAUUUAAAGACCUUGUGCUCUGAUUUGGCUGCCCUACACAUCAUCCACAAUGAUGUACGCUACAAUAACAUACUCUCUGUCUUGAGCAAAGAAGAAGGUGGACUGCCAAGUCUCCCAUCUCCAAUAUCUGGCAAGAAAUAUCAAUGGAGACUUGUAGAUCUGGAUUGUGCUUAUAGGAGUCCCCGAACAUUAUGGGGCCUCAACACUUAUUAUAAUACUUACCUGUCUCAAGUGCUGGAUGACAUUCCCUUUGCUUCCGAUGUUGAACCAUGGGAAGUUUCUAAUGUCAAACAAUGGGAAUGACUGGUAUAGCUCAAUUAUAUAUUGUUGUUGUACCAAGUUUUAAUCAGAAUAAUCAGAAUAAUCUUGCUAAUAGUGUC